AUGGAUCCAUCACCAAUGGAUAUACAACUAUGUUUAUUUCCACUAGACACCAUAUCAAUUUCGAAUACAUAUGAACCAACAGUAUCAUAUGUCUAUAAGAAGAAACAAACAAUUAAUGAUGAAGAAGAAGUAGUAGUACCCGACGAUGAUCAUCACAAUAAAGAGAAGGAUUUUUCAACACUCGAAGAACAAUUUGAUGAAGCAGCUCUUAGAAAUCAAGGACAACAACUAAUGGAAUGUCUUUUACAAAAUAUUCAAGAUUCUCAAUCUAUAGAUCUUGAUACCGCUAAUAGUAUAAUACAAGAAUUAAAUUUUAUAUUGGAUACGACACCAGUCGAGAAUACUAAUAAUCAAGCUUCAAAUGAAUUUGAAACAUUAUUAUCACCAUCAUCGUCAUCAGUCACCAUGAUCAAAUAUUCGUCCACACCUGUCGAUCAAACGACUAGCAUUGCCGGUCGUGAUCGUUCUUACACUAAAUAUGGUGAUCUUGAUCGACAAACUAUUGCUAAAAUAUGUCAAUUUAAUCUUCAAGCACCACCAGCAUCUUGUCGUCGACAGCCCAUUCGAUUAAAUAGAAAAUCAUUAGCUAUUAUAUCAUGGACGAAUAUUUCCAAAGAUGUUGUCAUGAAUCAUAUUAAACAAGAAUUCAGUAUUAAAAAUAUUCAAUAUAUUUGUGUUGGUGAAGGAAUAAGUGAAAUAGACGGUCAAAAACAUUUAGAUAUACAAAUUAUUUUUAAAGGGAAAGUCAAUAAAAAAACACGAUUUCUUGAUCCAAUUUGUCAAACAUGUUGUAAUUAUAAAGUUACACAAGACACCCUGGCAUGGAAUGACUAUAUUAAAAACGAUAUAAAUUGUCUUGAAUUUGGUCAAUUUAAAUCAAAAACACGUGGAUCUAAGCAGCGUCCAUCAUCAUCAACAAUAACCACAACAGAAGCAGCAACAAAAGUCGCAGCAAAAGCAGCAACAAAAGUAGCAGCAAAAGCAGCAGCAAAAGCAGCAGCAGGACAAGCAGUAGCAUCUUGUGCUUCAAUUCCAUUAGAUCAGGAUCAAUCAUUAGUUCGAAGAACAAAAACAACCAUAGGAACACAAACAGAAAAACGACGUAAACAUAAUAAUGAAAAAAAUAAAUAUGCACCUCAAUUAGCACAAACAAAUAUGGUUUUGAAUGAUGAGCCUAUUGAUAAUAUUCACUAG